CCUCAUCCCCGCCCACGCUCGCCGAGCCCUCCGUUACCUUCAGAUUUCUCGUCGCAUGGGAUCGCCAUGGUCAAGAACGGAGGUUCAUGCCUCUACAAAGAGGCGCGACUGAACAUUGAGCCUGCGUAUCCUGGCUCGACCAUCUCGAUUACCCUCCCCGCUAUCAGCACCUCGACUUUCGGCUUGCAGACACGCCCAAAGCGCGCCGUAGUCGCCAACACAUAUACUGAUCAGGAUGAUGAUGCGUUUGCGAAGCGACAUCUGGCCAGCGAUGGGUCCAUGUUCUUCAGGAAACACCACGAGUAUCCGCGGAGCUUCCUUUGGCGCAUCCUCGACGGCAGGAAAACACUGGAAAUACAGGCGGCGGACCUAGACCAUGACGCCGGGCAUAAGUUCGAGGCGAACCUUACUUUAAUCCUCCAUUUCACGUCGCCGAUUCGACCCUUCUGCGUCGCAUUCGCCGAACCCGAAGAUCGAGACGCGCUCACCGUGUUCGCAAUUACGACCGCAAACGAACUAUAUGCGAUUAAUCUAUAUCGCGACUUCUUCGUAAAACCUUCUGCUUCGGAACAAGAAAUUGAGGACUGGUGCAAGCGGACCGCUCCCAAUUUGAUUCAACAGAACGUACCAUACCGGCUGGUAGCCACCAGCGUCAGUGAAUUGCUUAUAUCGCUCGAGAAUGGAGGAAUAGUUCGCCUGACUAGGAGUAGCAAGGACGACGUGGUGUGGAACGAGGCGCUGUACCAGCAGAAUAAUUGGUCGUUGUCGCUUCGCGGCGUGUUGCCCUGGAAGGGAGAACAGAAGAUUCGAUUCGAUAACGCGGAGCUUCACGCCUCUUCAGCCGCUGCCAUCGCCUUGUCCCCGGACAGCAAGCACAUACUGACUGUAUGCUUGGACCACAAACUAAGAGCGUGGAACGUCGCAUCUGGAAGGACAGGCAUUCAGAAGGACCUCCUCGGCGAAAUUGAAAAUGGGCACGGCAAGGCAGCAACGUAUUUUAUUGGACCAUCGCAGCCGACUCUCAUGCAGGUCGUGAAUAUUCCUGGGGGAGUGGAGGGCGCCGCUUACCACGUGGUGACAUACUCCCCGAAGCAGCAUCAGUUCAAGUUUUGGGGCAUUCGGGAUGCGGACGACGACCAACAUGGGAUCUACGAUGCCCAACCGCACGUUGACCUAAUCCCACCGGUUGAUGAGCUGAUGGAUGUGACUGUCUGGACGAUGGCCGAAUUCUACGUCAUUCCCGGACCUGCCUUAUGGAGAGGCACAGAACUUUGGAUCCGCGCGAGGUCAGGGCCGAGCAGCAAGGUCUAUUCGUUGAAGUUCGAUCUCAACGAGGAUACGAGCAGGCUGAAGCAGAUCUGGAGAACGGAGUGGACAACUGUUGAUUCAGGGCCGCUUACUGUCGACGCUCUCAGGAAGAACCCUUCAAAUCCCGGCGAACGGGGCCAGGGGUCUUUGGAUCUGUACGACUCAAGUCUUACCGAGCAAUGGCUGGAGUUUCUAUUCUACCCAGGGCGAUUCACCGUCGCGACUCUCGAGACUGCACUUCUCAUCUUUCGAAGAGGACUGGAGCGAUCGCGCUCUGCACGGACGCCUCAGAGGGGGUCUCUGAAAGAUCGAAUAUGUGCCACUAUCGUCGCUUUCGCUACGAAGAGACAGGGCAGUGAAUCCGAUGCCGAUAAGUUCGAGGAUGCAGUCUCCGCACAAUGGCAGGCUUUUUAUGGCCUAGUAAAAGAUCUUCACAAACGGAGAGGGGAAUCUCUGUCGCUGGUCUAUGAUCACGAGCUCGACAUGCCCUGGCUAGUGCUAAGCGAUUAUCUGUCAGCUAUUCGUAAAUGCAGCGACUCGGAAACCAUCGCCUUGAACUCGGCAGCCAUAGCGCGAUCACAUCUACUCCAUGGUCCUCUACACAGAACUAUCCCUACGUCUGAGGCGCGGGAUGUGUCUAGGUUACUCAACGCUGCCGCUUCUUUCCGACGACGAUUUCCAAUAUCUUUCCAAGAAGAACUCAAACGCCAGCUUGAGAUGGACAUUUUGCAGAGCCGAUCAUUAACCGUCGUUGAUCGUAUGGAGUUGAUGGAAGCGAACUGCGAUCUAACCCAACUCCUAACAGAAGAAGACUUAUCAACACUAGUCGAGGAGCUCGGGACAGACGUCAAGCAUUUGAGUACCGACAUGUUCCUUCGCGCACUGCAAACUUUGGGAUAUGAAGAGCAAGGUCGAGCCAAUAAGAGAAAGCAAACUGCCCGAUACGGUCUCAACGCCCUAGUCAGCAUAUCCCAAGAGACUCUGGACGCGAACUACAAUACGCUGCUGGAUCUACUUCUGCUCAUCCUGUUCAUGCAGUUCGAGGAAGAUCUAUCAGAGGAUUUUGAUGCAUCAGAGGUUUUCGUCGAGUUGGUGGACCAGUUCAAGGAUUGCUUAGUGUUAGCUUGGUUUGCACGGACGGUGUGGUCGCACCCGUCGCCAACCGGACUUGGCUCAGAUGCGCUGAUGAAGUCGUUGAACGAGGCCUUCAAAAGCUCAUCCAGAUUCCCCAUCACUCAAACUGUCCUGGAAGGCAUUUAUGGUCGCCUCGCCUUCAAAUUUCCCAUGCCGCGAGGACUGAAGUCAGGACUGCUGACUUACUGGAGUCGCGCAUGGAUAGCAUUCGUGUUCAAGGAACAGAACUUUGACUCUGUAGUAGAAGACACGAUGGGGAUUUUGCUUGCACAGAAAGAGUAUGAGAUGGCGAUGGAGUUCUCGAAGUUCCUGCCGGAAGGAAACUGGGCUACCUACCUAAAGGGUCGGAUGCACAUCGCGCUUGGUGAGAACAUGCUGGCAUCCGUAUGCUUCCAGAAGGCAGCAUACAAUCUCGCGCUUGGCCUCUUCAACGUUGAAGACUCGGACAGUGCGGCCCUGGUGUCAGAAGCGGAGCGGAACUACUUCUCUGAAGGUCUGCCCAAAUACUAUCACCACAUCAUGGGCCUGUUCGAAAAGGCAAAGGCCUACUCUUUCGCGGUUGAUUUCGCUCGCCUAGGUCUAGGGUCAAUGGUGGGCAAAGAAGACGAGGAGUUGAAAACCGAGCUCCUUCAGCGGUUAUUCACAGCUUCAAUACAGACGUCAAGGUUUGAUGAGGCUUACUCUGCCAUGACGAGGCAUUCAGACAAAGCUCUGAAACAUUCGUCACUCCAGUCCCUCAUCACCACUAUGGUAACACAAUCGCGAACCGAAACGCUUCUGAGGUUUCCCUUUAUUGGACUCACAGAAGACGUGGAUGAAAUUCUCUCGAAUCUCUGCCACAAUACACUGAACCUUACCUCUGGCCCGCCAUACCACCAAAUCCUCUAUUCCUUCCGCAUCUCUCGCAACAACUUCCGAGGCGCGGCAUCUAUACUCCAUGAGCGACUUCAGCGCCUAAAGACCACUUCAUCCAAGGUCCAUGACCCAGCGGACGAGUCCCUGACACAGUGCUACCUGAUGAUUAUCAAUGCGCUCUCGUCAGUCAGCAACGAGGAUGCUUACAUCCUCGCGGAGCAGAGAAGGGAUGACGGUGCGUCAACGAAUUGGGCAAUUGGGAAAGCGAAGAAGAUGCUGAAGAGGCAGAUUGUCACGCUAGACACGUUGAGGAAGGAAUAUCAGGCGGAGCUGGAUCGGGUGGCGGCGAUUGAGACGGGACAAUUCCCCUUCGUGGAUCCGGGCGAUGAGAUGGAUAUCUUGUAGAUAUAGGAGCCUUUAGCGCGGCGUUCUUGGUGAAUUUACCGGCAUCCCGACGUCGGGUUGCCAUAGGUGCUAACUCUAUGGGGUGGGCAAAGGAAAAGGUAGCUUGAAAUCCUUCGUAGGUAGAACAUCCUACUAUUGCUUGAUAUACAUG